AUGGACUGUGAUCGUCUGGCUCAGUCUGGCAGGGCCGACAAGACGCUGCUCCAAGCUGACCUCUACGAUCCCUGCUUUCUGCUUCCACUCUUCCUGCGAUAUCUGUCAAUCGCUACCUUCCCGAACAGGAUUCUCAUUAGCGCUACCGCCAUACUCAUUGCGUAUCGUGCGGCCUUCCGCAUCCUGAGUGACAAGGCAGAAGAACUCGGCGGCGGCUUUCGACGUCCCUUCCUCUUUGGUUCCAGGGCGGACACUGCCUUCCGGCUCACACGCGUCCAUGCCAACUUUUUUGUCCACGCACUGCUUAUGUUAGCCAAACCAGAACAUCGUAUGUACGAGGUAUUCUGGAACUGUCUCCUAGCUAAGCCGGCCGUCGAUCUGGGUGCGGUGCCGGAUUUCAUGCGUACCAUCUUCUCAAUCCACGAAGAUCAUCGAAUUGAACGACAGUGGAUGAUAAAGUUGUGUGCAGAGACCGUCAACGAUACUUCGGAUUAUCUGCUUCUGGAAAAGUCCCGUGUCUUCAAGUAUUGUCUGACUAUGUACUCUGAUCCGAGUAUUGAUUCAGCUGCUCAGAUUCAAAUUCUGCGCCUUCUGGUAGCUACUACAAAAAUACCCCGCGCUUGUCACGCUCUGACGCGGUUUCACGCCUUUCCCUUAUGGCUUUUCCGACACGCCCUGGGAUCCAAGUCCACUCCAUCCCUCUCCUACUUCUUCCAAAUUAUCAAACAGAUGUUGACCGCUUUCGAGGAUGCCAAGGAGGAGUCGCCUGCUUUGCCGAUUUUGAAGCUCCUGGAUUCUACAUUCAGGAAACUACACGAGGAGACGACGUUCGCGGAAAAGGAAGCACCACCGAUGGACGUUUGA